UUCUCUUCAUCAUUACCAAACUCAUCCUUCAGUACUUAAAUCUUUUCACAACACUUCCUCUUUUGUCAUAAUAAUACUAAUAAUCAUAUUAAUUACAUAACUGAAACAGAACACAAAAUGUCUUCGAUGGGAGCAAACUACGCACAACUACAAGUCAUGCAGAAGAAACAAAAGGAGAAGAUGAUGAUGAAGAAGAGACUGGAAAAGGAGAGACAUGGAGGGGUGGACAGUGGAGAAAGCGUCGGAGUUUCUUCUGCCGCCCCUGGAAAGAGUGGUACCAGAAUAUUUCCAGUCAAGUCUUCUCUGUCGGCAACUUAUGAAGAAGUAAGAAGGCAAGAUUGAAAGUGUGAGACGGUCUUGUGUUGUAUAAGUUAGACUUUGUGGUUUUGUGUGUUCUAUAAGUUUGACUUUGUGGCUUUGUGUGUGAUGUGAUACAAGUGCCAUCCUUUGCGUCUAGGUUUUAAGUUACGUAAUUUGUGUUACUUUGCUAAAUGUUAUUGUUGCCAAUUGUAUUAAAAACAUUGCAUUUUUCGUACAAUUCAAUCAACAUGUAAACUAUUUCUUUA